GCAGCCCGCGCAGCGAGGAGGGCAGCGUGGAGUUCGAGCUGUGCGGGUUCUCCGACACCGAGACGCUGGACGGCCAACAGGACUCGGACCUGCCCUGCUACAAGCACGUGGCGAGAGCCGCCGCGCCUCCGGCGGCCGCGCCGGCAGGCUCCGGACGCGGCGAUGGGUCGCGCCCAGCGACAGAGGCGGAGGCGAGCGCCGGCGCGGACGCGGCCGCUGGCCCCGCGGCGGAGCCUGUCGAGCAGAAGGCCUCGGCGGCGGACCUGCUCGCCUCGGAGAACGCGCGCCUGCAGCUGGAGAACCAGCUGCUGCGGGAGCGCUGCGCCGUGGUGGAGGAGCAGUGGGGCGCCAGCGCGCAGCAGCUGACGCAGCAGCCGACGCAGUGGGGCGCCGCAUGGAUCCAGAUGCCCGCCGGCUUCGUGUCCGUGCAGGGCAUCCCGUUCUGCGUGGCGCAGCUUCCCGCGGACGACGCGCUUGCCGCAGGCUUCCCCGGCGGCGGCCACGACCGCGGCGCGCGGCCGCGGGCGCAGCGGCGGCCGCAGGAGGAGCAGCGGCAGACGCAGAAGCAGCGCGGGGGCCGUGCGGCGGAGGGCCAGAAGCCCGCGCCGUUUCAACCGGAGCAGCAGGAAGGAUUCCCGACGCGCACCACGGUGAUGUUGCGGAAUUUGCCGAACAACUACACACGUGCCAUGUUGCUCUCGAUGCUGGACAACGAGGGGUUCUCGAAGCAGUACGAUUUCGUUUACCUUCCCAUUGAUUUCAAAACCCGCGCUUGCCUCGGUUACGCGUUCAUCAACCUGGUCGACGCGGCCAUCGUGCCCCGCUUCUGGAGGAGGUUCGACGGCUACUCCAACUGGAUCCUGCCCAGCCGGAAGCUCUGCCACAUCAGCUGGAGUGAGCCGCACCAGGGGCUGGAAAUGCACUUGGACCGCUACCGCAACAGCCCCAUUAUGCACGCGACGGUGCCAGACGAGCACAAGCCCGUGCUGUUCCAGGACGGCGUCCGCGUGCCCUUCCCGGAGCCGACCAAGGCCACGAGGGCGCCGCGCCCGCGCCCGUCGAUGGCGCCGAAGGAGCACCCGGCGCGGCAGGCCGCGCACGCCGCGGGGGGCCCGGCGCGCGGCGCGGGCGGGCCGCCCGGCAGCCGAGGCGCAGGCGCACGCGGCGGCGCGCCGCUGCGCGGCGGCGGCGGCCGGCGGUAG